AUGGAAUCGCCACCUGCUGUCGUCUAUCCACCAGCGGAUGACCCCGCUGGUCAUGAUCCUGACACCUCUCAGCCGCUCACUCCCUCACUUCACUCUGGUUCUAGCUCGUCCUCUCAGACUUCCUCUCCUCAUGGUACAGGCUCGCAACUCUCUCCGCUUCUUUUUUCGCUUGGCCCUAGUUCUAGCUUGGUUGGCAGCUCGAGCGCUUCUUCGUCUACGGGCUGUGGGGACUCAUUAGAAUCCAGGGGAGGCAUGGAAAAUUUUCUGCGAGCGCCUGAAAAAUACGACACUGACGCUGGUGAGCGUUCGAAAAGUACACUGGUGCUGGCGAGCGCCUGA